AUGCCCGCGCCGACGACAUGCUCCCCGGCGGACCUCCACGACCCCACAAGCGCAGCGUACAAGAAAGCUAGGAGACUGCACCUCAAGACGACGAGGAACAGAUCCGACCACGCCGAGGCCGACUGGACGCCAUUCCGAGCAGCCGAGAAAAAGUACAAGGCACGCUUCCCGCCGCCUGACCUCUCUCAUGUCCUCGACACUGCAGCUUUGGACCCGUCUCGAUCAGAGGAAGUGUCGAGGGGUGGAUGGAGGGGAAGUGGCAGCACCAUCGUGUGCAGAGAGAUCGAGUUAGAGUGUGCAGAGGGACCGUCAGAGAGCACGAAGGGAUACGUGUUUCCAAGCACCCCUGGAUUGGUUCUCUUGCCGUCGUUCGUCCCUCACGAAGAGCAGAGGCGUCUCGUGCGCUGGGCGCUGUGCGACCAGGCUCGUCACCCAAACGAAACCAACCUCGACACCCACUAUGUUCUCCCCGAAGACGGACUCUGGAACAGGUACCUCGACGUCCACCGUAGUGCUCGCGAGGACGACUACAUUCAGCCUCGGGCGUCGAGCUCCGAGCCCGGAACGGAGACACAAUGCGAACCUCCUGGGCCCCGCAAACUGAUCUCGAACGAGGCAGCAGGUAAAGACAACUUUUCCGCGCUAUCUACUACUUCAAAGUUGCCCCCAGCACCGUCCCCGACCGCCCACCCAGCGCCUGCCUCCACGCUCGUGCCAAAGCUGCGGUGGGCCAACAUUGGCUGGUCUUAUCACUGGGGGACAAAACAAUACGACUUCUCGAGGGGCAAGGGUGCCAUUCACGAGGAGAUUCAGACUGUAUGCCGACGAGCCGUCCAAUCGAUACGCUGGGACGAGAUAUUUCACGGGCCAGAUGUCGACAGCGGCGAUUGGGGAGACGGGGGCCCCGAUUGGGAUACGUGGCAUGAGACAUACGAGCCCGAUGCUGGCAUCGUGAACUUCUACCAGACGAAGGACACCCUCAUGGCCCAUGUAGACCGCUCGGAAGUGUGUGCCACAUCUCCCCUUGUCUCGAUUUCGCUGGGUUGCGCCGCGAUCUUCCUCAUCGGCGGUCUCACGAGGGACGUAGAGCCCACCGCGAUUCUGUUGCGUUCGGGCGACGUCGUGAUCAUGUCAGGGCCCGCGUGUCGACGGGCCUACCAUGGCGUUCCUCGAAUACUGGAAGGCACACUUCCGCCUCAUCUCGAAGCGGGAGUCGACGCGGGAUGGCAGUUGUAUGAAGAAUAUCUGCACAGUGCGAGAAUUAAUGUCAACGUGCGACAAGUUUUUCCAAGAGGGUUUGUACCGUCUGAGGUAGGACAAAGCGCACAGGGCAAGCCGACACGCACCGACGUGCAAUUUGCGUAG